AUGCAGUCCCCAACUGCGCGGCCUCAUCACCCCUUCGGAGACCCUGGCCUUUCUCCUCAACGUCCCACGACUGUCGCCGACUCUGCCAUGGCCUCCGCUUCUGGUCGCAGUUCCUCCGCCGCUUCAGGUCGAUCCCAAUCAGCCAAGAGUGUGCCCGAUAAACAAAUCUCCCAAAUCGAAAAGAGCGUCACACACCUCCUCGUAGCAACAAAACAACUGCUCGAAACCCUGACCCAGUGGUCCCGAAAACAGGCCUCUGAGACCGACGUGUCCGAUGUCUACGUGCGCCUGGGCUACGAGUUUAACCUGGCAUGCCGCGCCUUCAACGCCAUCGGUGUCGAAACUUCUGACCUGGGCCCCGUCCCUGACGUCCUGCGCAGCAUCCUCGAGGACACACUCAGCCAGGAUGCAUCCUCACAAAGCCUUGAUCGAUACCUCCCCCAAAUUCGCGAUAUUAUUAUCAACCUUCUUCAUGGCCUGAAGAAGAAGCAGGCUCGUCUGCGGUCCCGGCAGCAGCGGGAGGAUGGACGUGGUGGCAUGCCGGGUCGGCAGGCCAGUGCCGGAAGCCUUUCCAGCGGCCCAUCGACUAUUGGGCAACUCUACGACGAGGCGGCUGCCUCCACGAUGCCGGAGGACGCCGUGACAUCGCCUAAACGGUCAGCUCGUCGGUAUGGGAGCAACGGGUCCCUCGAAGACUCUCCUGCAGGACAGCGCACCUCCCCCACUCACAGUGACCCGCGAGGCACAAGUUACUCGGAGCGAGAGGCAUCCAGGCGGGAGACGCAGCAGAUGCUCACUCAGCCGCCCUCACAGCAGGGCGCCCCCACUCCACGAACGGGCGCCUCCUCUAGCUCGACAACUCCUACGGCCUUUCCGGCUCCACCACCCCCUCCCAAGGAGGAUGAUGCGUUAGGCGCCCUGCAACGAAGCGGCGAGCUAGAACGGCGUGCGUCUCGCCGUUUCUCAGCUUACCAGAUCCAGAAACACCUUGGUACCUCGACCAACGGAGUCCCCGUUCUUCCUUCACAGAACUCUCCUAUCCCCAACCGGGGUCGAGACGUCCGUGAGUCUCUCAAUGCGGUUCGCCUGCGAGGCUCGUAUACCCACACAAGACAACGCUCGUCGAAUCGCCUCCAGGAAACUGCUAAAAGCGGACCGGCUCAGGCGGCAGCAAGCAUUCCCAAGGCGGUGGAAGAAGAACAAAGCACCCAGGCGGAGAACGCUGCGACAGAACUUGAGAGCGUCAAGGUCCCUCCACCUUUGGCCGAUCAACCUCCUCCUUCAUUUGAAGAGGAACUUCCCGAAAGGCCAAUUGCUAUUGAAUCUGCACCAGAUUUCCCUCAACCUCCAAAGGGCCCGUCUCUUGGUGAUGCCUUUGAUCCGGAGAAGAGGGCGACGGAAGCUCCCAUCGUCGCACCCGAGACACCAAAAGCGGAUCUCUUUGCUUCCGCCACCAUUUCUACCCCUCCCUCUGUGCCUCAAUUCCCCGUCUACCAGCCUUCCCCCGGCAAGGAGUUGACUCUUUUCUUACAGUACAAGAGCAAGAUUAAGAAGUACGUGCUGCCCGAGGAUAUCGCCGACCUUACGAUCGGACGCCUUCAGUUGGCUUUCAUUGAGAAGUUUGCCUGGAAUACCCACAACAACGGUGCCGACCUGCCCGAAAUCUAUAUCCAAGAUCCCAUUUCUGGGAUCCGGCAUGAGUUAGAGGAUUUGAACGAUGUCAAGGACCGAUCGGUCCUUGUCCUAAAUGUAGACACUUUGGACGAGGUCAAAAAGCACUUUGACGAGAGCUUCAGUGGCGUGCGCAGUCUGGUGGAGGGUGUUAAAGCGACCCUCGCAGGCCAAGGAACAGCCAUCCAGCGGGUCUCCGAUCGUCAACUUGAAGCGGCCAAAGAAAUGGCUCGCCUGGCUGCUUCUCCGCCUGGCACGACGACGAGCUCGGUUAGCACUAGCGGCACUCAGAAGGUUGCGAUUGCUGGAAGUGUAACCCAGCUUGCUGAGCUCCAGAGUCUGCGGCGUGACCUUGCCGUUCUCCGGCAAACCUAUUCCAACUUUACUUCUGAUAUCACCAGUUCGAUGAGCGCCGUCCGCGCCAAGGCAAUCGAGGUCAAGUCUGCCGCUGGGAAUGCCGCAGUUCCCACCUAUGAAGGUGACGCUGGUCGUGCGCGUGUCAACACCGGAAAGAAGGAGCUCGCUGACGAAUCGGAGCGACUUGUCGCCCGCGUCGAUGACCUUCAGGAUCUGGUAGAGGACCUCCGCAAGGACGUGGUCACGCGUGGUGUUCGUCCCCUACCACGCCAGCUGGAGGGUGUCAACCGCGAUAUCAGCACCGCCAUGAAGGAGAUCAAGAAGAUGCAGGACUUCCUGGCUCGCGAGAAGCCCACUUGGACCAAGAUCUGGGAGAAGGAGCUGCAGUUGGUCUGCGAAGAGCGAGACCAGCUUACCAUGCAGGAGGACCUCGCGGCCGAUCUGCAAGACGAUCUCGAGAAAGCUGCCCAGACAUUCGCACUCGUCGAGCAAGCCACCAAGGAACAGGCUAUGGAAAAGGCUGCCAACGGUGGUGUCACUUUGCGUGCUACCUCACGGACCCUUGGUAUCGACCCAACCGUUGAUCCCAUGAAAGCCAAGGACGACCUUCUCGGUGAAGUCCGCGCACUGCAGCCGAACCAUGAAAGCCGCCUGGAAGCCAUCGAGCGAGCAGAGAAGAACCGGAAGAAGGAGCUCGAAACCCGGAGAAUUGGCCUCUUCCAGAAAGAGCUUGGAAAUUUUGUCCAAGAAAAUAAGUUGAAGAAGAGCGGCGGCGUGGAAGAAGCUGAGCGACUGCGCAACGCCAAAGAUGAUCGUAUCCGCAAGGAAGUUUGGGACAGACAGCAGGCUCGCAACGCGGAGAUGGAGAAGGCCGAGGCCGAAGCUGCAGCUGCCACUCUAGCCGAACAGAAGCCCGAAGGUGAUGAAGCCGCCGACUCUGGAGCAGUGCCGGAGAAUGAAGCUCCUACCAUCCCCAAUGAGGGAAAACAAGAAGAGCCUGCACCGACAGAAGACGUCGAGACGAAGGAUGCCAACGCUGAUGAAAUCAGCUAA